AUGAAGAGUUUGAAGGCAAAGUUUAAGAAGAAUGAGAGUCAGGACUGGAGCAAAAAUGAUGACAGACUUCUGCAGGCUGUGGAGCAAAAUGAACCAGACAAAGUCUCAGCUCUCAUUGCUAAAAAGGGUCUAUGUCCUACCAAGCUGGAUGCUGAGGGAAAGUCGGCAUACCACCUCUGUGUAUCUCGAGGAAGACUUGAUUGUUUGGAAGUUAUCAUUGCAAAUGGUGCAGACCUCACUGUCACAGAUGGGGCUGGUUUAAGCACUGUUCAUCUUGCAGCCAAGAAUGGGCAAUCAGAGUGUUUGAAAAGACUCUUACAGGAAAGAUUACCUGUAGAUUGCACAGACAGCAUUGGCCGGACCCCACUUCAUCAUGCAGCAAUCAGUGGAUGCUUGUCCUGUACUGAAAUCCUGUGGGAUUUUAAAGCCAACAUAGAUGUCCAAGAUGGGGAAGGUGCAACUCCAUUGAUCUUAGCAGCCCAGAUGAGCAGAGUGGAGCUAUGUGUGUUUUUGUUAGGACGAGGUGCAAACUGUAACAUCCAGGACAACCAGGGCAGGUCUGCGCUGAUGGUGGCCUGUGAGAGUGACAGUGUGGAGACUGUGGGUGCUCUCUUGAGAGGUGGGGCCAACACUCAGCUAGUCGAUGCCCUGGGACAUAAAGCAAGUGACUACAGUGAAGUUACAGACAACAAAACGAUUUUAAAGAUGCUGAAGGAUGGGCCACCGCCAGCCUCCUUCAGUCACCUCCUCAGUGCAAGGGGGGACCACUACCCGCAAACGAAAAGCACCUCCACCUCCGCGCUCCCCUCUGCAGAAUUUGGCUCCUUCUCCACAACCACGAUCCUCCGCUCCUGCUCCUCCUGCAGCCCAGAUGCCGAACACAGGCCAAACAAAUGCAGUGGGUUUUCAUUUUAUGACUUUUUAAAGUUCGUUGAGUGUUUUUAUUCCAUGUCUUUUUGUCUUUGUAAGUCAGAGGAUGAAGAAGUCUUUGAGGAAAUACGGCGCUUGCGUCUUGAGAGAGGUCGCUUGUUACAAAAGAUUAAAACUUUGGAACAGCAACAACAGAGCACCUCCUCUGCCCUGCAGGAGGUGGCCCAGCUGAAGCAGCACUUACAAGAAGCAGAAAGUGAAAGAGAUAGACUUCUGGAGGAGAUAAAGGAGGCCCAUGGUGUUGGGGCCAGUGACUCUGAUGAUGCAGAUGAAAUGUUGGCUUUUCCAGAAAAACUGCUGUCAAAACGCUCACGAGCAUCUCCUGCCCCUGAUGAGGCUCCGCAAGAUUCAGUGGCAGAGCUACGCAAACAAAUAGAGGAACUAGCUACUCAAAACUCUGAACUUGUCCUCAAAGUGCAGAUGCUGGAGAUGUUUGAGAAAGAUGACACAGACAUGCAGACCACCAGCCCAGACUCAGUGCCCCUAGUGCAGUAUGAGACCCUCAGGAAGGAGUUUGAGUCCCUGCAGGAGCGUCUGUCUCAGCUUCAGUCUGUGGAUGAGAGUGUGGCAGAAGAGCGGGAGGAUAACAAGUCUGAAGGAAGAGAUACAAAAGGAGAGAGCACAGAUGCCCUCAAAGAAAAGCUGCAUGAGCUUGAGGAGCAGUUGACCUCUGCACACACUGAACUGGAAGAGCUGAAAGAGCAAAUGCGUCUGGGCGUUCUCUCAGUGGACUGUGGUGAGGGGGAUUUGGCUGUGGCAGGUGCAAGGGCAGAGGGUGGGUCCAGAGAGGGUCCUACCCAGGAAGAACUGCUGCUCAGAGCCCGGGUGACUGAGCUGGAGGAGGAGCUUGUGAGCAUGCGAAAGGCUGAGGCCAAUAGUAACAGCAGUGACGACAGUGACACAAUCAAACAGCUGACAGAGAAAGUCAAGGAAUUUCAGGCUGCACUGGAGAAGAAAGACUGUAAAGCUGAGGGUGAGGAAGAAGAAUCAAGUCUUGUUAAGUGCCUCCGUGACAAAGUGGCUGAGCUGGAGGGAGAAUUGGCAGAGAGCAAAACAGGGAGUGAACGUGCAGUCAGUGGAGAGAAUGACCAAAUCCGUCGACUCCAGGAGCGACUGGGGGAGCUGGAGACAGAGCUGAGAAAACGCGUGCCCCGGUCAGAGCUGGAGGAGGUUCAGGUCACGCUGGGACUGCAGUGUGAACAGCUAGCCAGAGAGAGAGCCGACGUCGCACGUAAGCUCAAUGAUGCCCUCCUGGAGUUGGAGAGACUGAGGCCGCAGCAACAUGGAGAUGAAGAAGAGGAGGAAGAUGAUGAAGACCAUUCACAAAGCUCUGAACGAUCAGGGAGAUCAGUAGACCAUUCGAGACAUACCCUGGCCGCUGUUAGAGAGGAACUUGAAGUUGCGAGACAGGAGGCAGCUCAGGCAUUGGACUGUCUAUGUGCUGAAAGAGAAGGCCGAGCUCAGGAUGCCCUGGAGCUGAAAGAUGCAGUUCCACUCUCUAAACAUCAGGAGGCACUCUCUGCAGUAUCGGAGCAACUAGCACAGACAUUGCAGGAGCUCCAGGAGGAGAAGACACAGAGAGGACAAGCUGAGGAGCGAGCUGCAUGGCUAGAGGCCAAACUAGAAGCUCUACAAGACUCUGUUUCCAAAGAGGAGCAUGAGAAAGUCAAGGAAGAGCUACAGCAUGCCCUACAGGCCAUCCAGGGUAAGGCAGCAGCAGCUGAGGACGCAUUGACUGAUAAAGAGAUGGAGCUGAGAGAACUGAAGUCACUGAAGGCAGCAGAACAGGGCCUCAUCUCCAAGGAGGACCAUGAAGCAUUGCGUCUUUCUAUGCAAGCGGAAAUAAAUGCCAUAACCACUCGAUUUAAUGAUCUCACUCGUAAACAUGAGAAAACCUGCACAGAGGUUUUCCAGGUACAGAGGGAGGCUCUUUUUAACAAAAGUGAGCGACAGGCUGCAGAGACUCAAGUGGCUGCUAUGCAACAGAAACUCAAUGAAAUACAAGCUCAGUCCAGUCACAUACAAGAGCUCCAUAAAGGCAUCCAGGAAUCUCAAAAUCUAGUGAAGGAGAAGGAUCGUAAGAUCACGGAGCUGUCUAAAGAGGUUUUCCGACUAAAGGAGGCCUUAGGUGCUCUUUCACCUCCACUGGGAAUCUCGUCAUCUCCUCAUCACAACAACAACCCUGGGCAGCAAGUAGCCUUACAGAACAGAGUGGCUAUACUCACCCAGCAGCUUCAGGAUUGGGAGAGAAAGCACAAGCAAGUUGUGGCAGUGUAUCGUUCUCAUCUUCUGUCAGCUGUACAGGGUCAUAUGGAUGAGGAUGUUCAGGGUCUUCUGUUUCAGAUACUGAGGAUGUCACAGCCAGAUCACUAAUCUGACAGACUUUUAAA